GUAUGACAGAAAUGACGUCCUACUUGUGUCCGUGUUUGCACGCUUGGCUCUUCGUAUAACCUUGAAUCCCUACCAAGCUUCUCAAUUUUCACUCGUUCUAAGCUCAUUGAAUCUGCUUAUCACACAGGUCUCCUGGAUGCUAUGGGCGCUUUUGACAGCAACGCUGAUGCUGCAGCCAGACACCUGCGCUGCUUCUCGCCAGUCUGAAUCUAUACUGCGGGCAAUGACAGCAGCUGCAAAGCCCACCAAGGACUACAGCUUCAACAUGGACGAUGUUUACGCUUCUCCGGCGACCAUGGAGAAAUACAUGAACUCGUACAGUUUCCCAGGACCAGUGGACUACGUGUCCGCCGCCACCAUGCCUUCGGAUGGCGGAGGGUUCGAGUUCUACCCGACGCUCACGUCGGGUUCCGUUUUCGACAACUUCGCCUUCAGUCCAACGAUCAAACUCGACGAACUGGCGGCGUACCAGGAGCCAACGGGUCACGUAGUCAAGCACUCUAUUCGCAACAAGGGCAAGAAAGUUUGGAGGCUCAAGGGGGACGACGACGACGUAGACGAGUUUGGAGAGGGUGGAACGCGACACACGACCACCAAAAACGGUGGAAAAGUCGAAGAGUGGCGACGGCCGGACGCCAAGCGGAACUCGGAAGAGUCCCGCUCCGUCGAAGAGGAAGGGGCGGCGGCGGCGGCUGGCCGCAGAAGGAGACCGAACGGAAGUUCCGGGUCGUACUUCAGGGGCGUCCCCGAACAGGACGAAGACAGUUCCGAGGAAGAAGGUGGAGGAGACACGCCCAGAGAAGACGAGAGGGCCGAGACGUCGCCGGCGACGUCCCUCAGCGACCGAGACGAGAUCGCUUACUCUCGAAGCAACAGCAGGCGUCCUUUCGUUCGCGUGAAGAACAGCGGAGCGCUCACCAGCGAGGAGGCGUCGUCAUCAGAAGAAGGGCGUAGGGGGGCUGCGGCGCCUCUGAGAAACUACGAGACCGGACCUAGGAACAACGGCAACGGAGAUGUGCGCGGUUCUACUACGACGACGACUGCGAAUCAGAGGUUCGAGAACGGACGAAGAAGGAACGUCGCCAAUGGUGGCUACGGAAACAGUGGCGAGCUACCUUCGUUCACGGCCGAGACUAGCGGCAGUAGACCCGAAGGAGCCCCCAGGGUUCGCGGAGGAAACGGCAACACCGACGACGUCAGAGACGUCAGGUACAACUCUUACAACGGCAACGACAUCGACAGCGCUCUGCGGACGGCGAGCGGCGCUGCGCUACGUGACACAUUCGCUGCGACGCUCACGACGACGACCGAAAGGCCAGAAGUUGGCAACGGACUGAUACUGUUGAACGGCAAUGGUCGGCUUGGUGGACCGCAACUGCCAGCUCGGGACACUUCUACCUCCGGCGGACGAGCAGCGAAAUCGAGGCGAAGGCCACCUCUGGCCUACACGCCGGGAAGCAUGGAGUACCAGUCAGAGCAGGACGACGAAGGGAGCGGCUCCAGGGAACAGGAGGAGACAACCACGAACGGUUACAGCACGACUACGACCGUGGAACCAAUUAGGUAUUCGUCCGAGGAAGAGACAGCGCCACCGCGAGAGGAAAGUAGGUACUCCGCCGAAGACAGGCUUCACGCGAUGAUGAGGCCGACGCAGACUGCGAACAGGAUGAAGAGGCCGGUGUCUGCUGAGCUAGGAGCCGCUGCAGCCACGACACCGUUGAACAACGGCAGAACUGCUGCGACAGUGAAUGGGCAGCGAAGCGUCAACAACGGCAGGAAGCGCGGUGGGGGAGGUUACGCCGCACCCGAACCACCGGCCGCGCUUCCCCCGGCAUCUUCGCUCGUCUUCCUGACUCAAGACCCAACGCCUUCUUUGGACCAGAAGGCCGCGGCCACGGUGACGACGGGUGCCGACCAGAGGACGGCCGCCACGACUGGCGCCGGCGGGAGGCCCAGGACACUCUUCCAUCAGCAGGGCUUCCAGGGGCCGUACUCGUACCGCUUCGGCUUCGACACUGCCGACCCUUACAACCCGCAAACUCGCUACGAGGAGAAGGACGCCGACGGCCGCGUCCGAGGAUCCUACAGUUACCUGGACCCCAAGGGCCGCCUACAAGUGGUGCGAUAUGAAGCAGACCCACAGGGAGGCUUCAGGGUCAAAGGGAGCUUCGGACAGUUCCCAGGGGACAAGAAACCCUAGUCUUCUACUGCCGUCUGCGAUAUAUAGACACAUCGGUGCAUUCUCGAAUUAGCCACACUGAUAUACGGGAGUGUCGUGUUCGACGAUUUCCGUUAGGGGAUCUAGCACGGCAUGAAACGGUGUGCCAUCAGCUGCUCGAGCUAAGAUGAGCCCUUCUUUGUGGAACUCUUUCAGUCAUAUAUGACAAGACUGGUAAGGGCUGCAUUCUUUGUUCUUUUUGUCGUGCCGCUGGCUUCCGAGAGCCAGGAAGCUGUUUGCAUGGUGUACAUUGCUCUAUGCCGAUACUGUCAGCAUAACUUAAUGCGAAGAACAAAGGAAGAGAACACAAUGUCACCGUGUGACCAGUUCCCCUCCGUGGACGUACGGGGUUUUGUUGAAGACACAGCAACAGUCUAUCCCAAAUCUAUGACCAAGAGUGAACAUGAAAGGAGAGAUGGCAUGGCGAACCAUACACGUUUCCUCUCAGUGGCGUCUUUUCCCUGCUGCACGCGUCAUCGUAGUAAGACAUGCUGACAAAAUCGGUUGAUACGCACCAGCUAGCCCAGUAAUGCACUAUGAUGUUUUUUGCAAGUGACACUGCACUAAACACAACUACUACAUUGGCGUCUUGUUUUGAGUCGCGAUAGGAACAAGGACAAAGAAAAUGGUCUUUUUUGUAUUGUGUGUAACCGGAAAUGAAAGUGAAAACAGCUCAAAUCGCUUCGUCCCCUUCACACUAUACGCCGGGUAAUGACAUUGCAUUUACAGCCAGUUUAUGCGAGUAAGAUUUGCUUUCAGUUGUACUGGGCGCACAUGUUUCUAGGCUGGGCAACAGUCGGGUAGGUCUAACUUUUUCUCAAGGAGUCGACAGCAUUUUUAUUGCUGUUGAAGGCUCAACACGAGCAAAUAUACCAUCCGAAUCAGUGCUAGCACUGCAUCAUGCAUCUAGUGAUACAUUUUUGCCCUUGGUAACCACAGGCUCGGUAAACACAGGCUAUCAUGUUUAGCACAUUCCUCAACCAAACUUUCCACAUGAUCGGUCUACUGUCGUUGUGUAGUAGAUGGGGCCAAAGGCCGGCGCAAUUAAUCAACAGGGCCAGCCUUUACUAAAAUUGACUCCAGAGGUUGAGUUUUGCUCUUUGGAGAGGAUCAAAGAUCGUGUUGUAAUUAUUUUGAGACAAGCGCGAAGCCACGAUAUUCGAGACGCCGAAAUCACGCGCACAUUGCACAUAUUCAAGGGACAAUACCAGUUUCGUACUGCUCAGUUCCAAUUUUCUUACGGCGCAUCCCUUUUGCAUGCCUUUUGUUCGUCGCUGCCGCACAUGGAUGCGCAGUGUACGUGAAAGCCGAGCAACGUGCUUGCGAACCUCGAGGAGCGUUAUUCACAUGAUAUACCGCACAUGCAGGGGUUCGAACGAAUGCUGAAGUUAUGGCGGUGGCCCGCAACCAAGCAUGGUUUAUUCCAUUGGAAAUCAGGCUAAAAAAAAAAGGGGGGGGGGGGGGGUAGUAGCGCCAGUCUCUGGUAUACCGUUCAACCGCACAGUGCCAUGCACAUAGUGAUGCGUAAUGAAAGAGCUAGCCAGACAACCUGAGCUUGGCUGUCAUUCUUGCUCGUAGUGCCGAUAUGUUUCCCGUUGGGCAGUGUUCAUUGACGAAAUCUGGCGCUUGCUCCAGAAAAUUUUGAUGAAUGAUAACGAGCAAUCGCAUGCAUGGAACUUGCCGAGUGCGGAUAAUUUGCCUGGAUUGGUAGACACUGCCUCGAUGACUUGCCCCUUCCAAGUUUAAACUGAGAAUGUCAAACACGUCUACGCGUCAUUGUAAAGGUGACGUCUACAAGCAGAGUUUGAUGCGAAGUCCUCGUUCAUAUAAGCAAUUUUUAGUGGAAUAUACGCUGCAACUAGAUGAUUCAGCGCAUAUUUCGCGAAAAUCGCAUGUGUGAUCGAGGAGUUCACAUCAAAGCCCCGCUUGUAGACAUGAAAGUCGCGAUGCCCUCUAGGCGUGUUUCAAAGAGAAAAAGAAGAUGUAUGAUGUAUAAAGAUAAAACAAGAUAAAGUAGGCUGCCGUAGGAAAUUCAUGGCUAGUGUUCCAGAUUUGACCGCGGCUAUCUCACGAACUCCCAGACACAGGAACACCUGAAACCGUGAGGCAUUUUAUUCCAAGUCAUUGUGAAAGGCAAGUCAGUCAGCGCCAGGGAAACGUUAUCAUAAAUUUAAAACCGUCACCCAGUUCAUCUUUUGCGUUAUACUACUUCACCACACUUCAUUCCGUCUCAUCCCAGGUGUAAGGUGUAGGUCAUCGUGAGUUCGAUCACCAGUCAUGGUCAGCAUCAUUGUAUAUCUAAGCACUGAUACGUAUAUCUGCAAGCACUGACGCCCACUUUACAGAGGCAGUUUUUACUGAUAGAUAGAUAGAUAGAUAGAUAGAUAGAUAGAUAGAUAGAUAGAUAGAUAGAUAGAUAGAUAGAUAGAUAGAUAGAUAGAUAGAUAGAUAGAUAGAUAGAUAGAUAGAUAGAUAGAUAGAUAGAUAGAUAGAUAGAUAGAUUUUUAUUUUCUAGUGGCGCCAACAGCAUUGCGGCCUACGUGACAGCACACUAUAUACGUCAGCACACUUCGACUAUCUGAUUGAAGUACGUAAAAAGUUGUGCUAGCAGCCGACCAUAAGUGAACUGACCACGGAGCAAACGUGCGCACAAGUUAGAAUGAAAUAAGAGAUAACAUGCGGCCUCUUUUGGGCAGGGAAACCGCAGUGGCCUUAAGAGUAGCUCCGAUAGGCCAUGAGGCUCGUUAGCGAUAACAGCGAAUCAGACCACUGCAGCACAGAAUACUCUCACUACGAAGAUCAUACUUUCGAACUUCAUUUUUUUUUUCUUUAAGAAAGAAAAGCAAGCACACGAAAAAGAAAAUAAAGAGAAAGGAGUCGCGCACACGUCGGCACGGCCGCUUCGGUUGCGAUCGAGUGUGAACCGUGAAGGUCGUCACACGUUAGACUCCUUAUUCUUCUUGCCACGAGUUUUACGAGUAUUAUAGCUCGUUCGAACACUCCUUCGGGCUCACGUUACCCAGCUUGAUUCACGUCAACGUAUCGGUGUCUGUACUAUGUGUAUGUUCUUGUGGGUUCGGCGUUCAGCUACAUUGUGAUAGGCUGAGAAAGAACCACUGUAAUUGUACGUAGACUUAACUGCAAACGAGGUAGUCUGCUAUGUUUGCAACGUGUAAUGUGGGGAAUUAUAUAUUAUUACCUGUAGCGAAAUGUAACCUAUACUACGCGAUACAUACCGUGAUAUAUAUUGAGGUCCGCUUGAUGAGUCAGUGAGAAAAACUGUGUUACUGUGUUGCCUCCUCCGAAGUAAAGCGUCAGUUUUGACUGGUUGGUGUUCAAACAUGCUGAAACAUUCAUAGCAAGGAGGUGGAGAAAACGAAGACGAAGGAAAACGAGGGAAAAAAAGUGUACGCGCAGCACUGCCGUUGGGCUAUCAAUUACUUUCGUGUGUUUUUUUUCUUUUUUGGGUUUUCUACUUACCAAUAGUUUUUUGUAUGUUUCUGUAGUUUGUUCUUGGCAUUGUGCAUGCCUGAUCAUGUUGUUUGAAGUUGGCUUCCUCGUUGUAUAUGUCUUCUUUGCACUUUCGUAUUCGCGCUACAAUGCAAUAUGUACGAAUGCGAAAGCAAGCAAACAUAGUACAAACGCUUGCUUUUAUCUUCGUUCGAGUUGCUCUACAAACGUCGUGACACAUACGACCUAUGUGUUACAUUUUCCCCUGAUUUCUUCAUUGCUUGCGUUUUACUAGUGCUUCACAUUUUUCGUCAUGUUCAUAAGCCUAGCAAAAUACUCGUCAUUCCUUCUUUGUCUACGUGGUGCGUUCUCUCCCGCAUUCCAGAUAUGUGAAACGUGUUCAGAAGCUUCCAGUUUACGCUGCUAGUGGAAUUUGCUAUUUGCAAAUGAGAAGUCUCCAGUAAGGACUUAUCAUCAGAACACGGUUUUUCUAUUGUACAGUAUCUCGUGACUCAUUAAACGAUAACUGACUUUGAUGUUGUUCUUGUAGUACUAUUUACCCCGUACUAUUUUUGCCCACAUUGUUUUGCACGCAGCAUGUUCAAUAAAUGCGCGUGUUUCCGGAC